AUGGAAAAUGGAGGCGCGCAACCAGGAGCGCCAGUUCCACACCGCAGCGGGAACAAUGAAGCCGGUCGAAGGUCUAGAUCCGGCAGCGCCUCCAGCGUGCUGCACAAACGAAGCUUUUCGUCGUCAUUAUUUUCCAAAUUUACCUUUGCACGUAUGAACCAGUCGAGCGGUAAUGUUGCCGAACGCGGCGGUGAAAACGCGGCCCAGAUGCAGGGCGAGGAUGCUGGGCCAUUUUUGGGCCGAGAGAUAUUGGAGGCGCGAGCGGGGGGAGGGAGGGCUAUGGCCACUGCGUUGCAGCAGCAGAUAAGGACGAGGAGGAGAAAAGGCUCCCUGAGAAAGACAGCGCUGUUGGGGACGGGAGUCCUGAGAAUGGCCCAGAAGGGCCCGCCCAGCCGGGCUGCGGAGGUCUCUCGCGAUGUCUCUCCCAACAAAGACAUCGACCGAAACAAGGACACGGGCGCGGAGCAGACAAGCCGCGAUGGUCUAACGCGCUUUCCUGAUCUCUCUCUACCUGUCGGACACGAUGAAGGUGCAACAAUGGCUUCGCGGCCAUUCGAUCAACGAGCUCCUCCACGACCACCUACGCCUCCCGUCCGCCCAUCUCCCCAGCCGGCCUGGAAUCACCAUCCAUCCCAAGGGCGGGAGCAGCCACAGCAUCAACAGCAGAUGAAGAAACCCGUACAGCAAGUCACCUCACAUUCGGCCUCGGAAGCCCGCAGCACAAUGAGCUCCCUGCGCGACGAUGUCCCCACCGACGAGGACGACCUGGUCUCCUUCCCGCCCCUCACCAACUCCCUCUCGCGCCUCUCCAGUCAAACAAGCACCAGCAGCAUCUCCGCCUUAUCCUCCCUGCCCCCGCGCCGCAUCCCGCUAUCAAUUCCCACCCUCUCGUGCAGCUCAGACUCUUACUUCCCACCCCUCGGCUCCAACGACGCCGGAACCAUCGCGAAAUCCCGCCCUCGCGCUCCCUCCCAGCGCGUUCGGUCCCCGCUCGCAACAAACCCCGCCGAAAUGGCCUCCUCCCCCGAAGGAUGGGACUACUCCGAGACCGAAUGGUGGGGCUGGAUCAUACUGGUCGUGACGUGGGUGGUGUUUGUCGUGGGCAUGGGCAGCUGUCUGGGGGUAUGGAGCUGGGCAUGGGAUGUUGGAGAGACACCCUAUGCGCCGCCGGAGCUAGAGGAUGAUCCAACGCUGCCAAUUGUGGGAUACUAUCCAGCGCUGAUUAUACUGACGGCGGUGAUGGCGUGGGUUUGGGUGGUGGUGGCGUGGAUGGGAAUGAAGUAUUUUCGGCAUGCCAAUAUUUCGGGAGAGGAUAUAUGAAUGGCCCUCAGUUGGUUUGCGCAGAUUGCGUUUUGGAUGUUAUUACGACAGAUCCUAUCCGGUUGAAUUUGGAUUUCUCGCCCGAUAUGGUAAGUAAUCUCGCGGGAGCUGUGGGAAAUUAAAAAAAAAGAUUCUUAAGACGCCCGAGACACCAACCUAUAUCUAAAGGACGCCCGCUCAGUGGUAUAACUAUUUGUAAAAAUCAACAAUUUUUGGGGGCCGGCUCAAAGAGACGCCAGCAGCCAAUAGCAGGAAUUUCCAGAAAUCAAUCAGUGUUUGAACACGAUCGCGUUAAAGACUGGCCUGUGCCAUCUUUCGAUUUAGCAAGUGAAGCCUGCGCACCUCAUCUGUUUGCCGUCGAUCGAUGGGCUCUUCAAUGGGGGUCGUUGACUCAGAUGUGUUCGGAGUCCCCGUUUCUCCCAGGGCAACAGUCGUGCCUGGUGCUUUGCUAACCAAGCCCUUGGAAACUGCGAAGCCGGCGGAGCGAUCGUGAUUUGGAUCCUCAUCGUAAAACUCAUCUAUGAUGGGAUGGAUAAGAACUGUUUGUUUGUGGAUGGUAAGCAUAGAAUUUGUUGGUACCGUCACCCAGUUAUCUGUAAUGACAUAGUUAGC